CACCCACCAGCUGCACCCCCUCCUCUUCAUUUCCCCAGUCACCUCUUCACCAGUGGGACAUCCAGAGUUCUCCAGCCAUGGUCUGGGUGCUGAGGGUGGUCCUCCUCGCCCAGGCGGUGGCUAUGGCAGUGGCAGAGGUUGAGCAGCCCCAGGAGCCGCUGUCCUCUGUGGGGUUUCAGGACUGCAAGAAGGCCCUGAAGCUCCCAAGCCUGGAAGUCCUCCCCGGGGGAGGCUGGGACAACCUCAGGAAUUUAGAUAUGGGCAGAGUCAUAGAUCUGAGCUACUCACUGUGUAAGACCACUGAAGAUGGGUCCUACAUCAUCCCAGAUGACAUCUUCACCAUUCCUCGCAAGCAGAGCAACCUGGACAUCAACUCUGAGAUCAUCGAGUCCUGGAAGGAUUACGAAAGUGUCACCUCUGCCUCCAUCAACCUGGAGCUGUCCCUCUUCUCUGCAAUCAAUGGCAAGUUCUCUUAUGACUUCCACCAGGCCAAGACCCACCAAGUGCAGGACAAGGCAGUCACCACUCGCGUACAGGUCAGAAACCUGGUUUACACUGCCAAGAUUGACCCAGGAGCAAGCCUGGACAAGGGCUUCAAGAAGCAGCUGUUGACCAUUGCCAGCCACCUGGAAAACAACCAGACUCGGAUGGCUGAUUUUCUGUCUGAGGUGCUGGUGCUCAACUAUGGCACCCACACCAUCACCUCUGUGGAUGCUGGAGCCAGUUUGGUCCAGGAAGAUCAGAUCAAGGCCACCUUCCUGAAGGACAGCUGGGCCAUGCGGAGCUCCAUCACCGCCUCAGCCGCUGUGGCCUUCCACAGCAUAGUCAAUGUGAAAACUGAGGAGUCUCAAGGCACCAGCUCUGCCUUCACCAAGCAGUACCUAGAGAACCGCACCAACUCCAGAGUAGAGAGCAUUGGCGGGACCCCCUUUUACCCAGGCAUCACCCUUAAGACCUGGCAGGAGGGAAUUAGCAACCAGCUGGUGGCCAUCGACCGCUCAGGGCUGCCUCUGUACUUCUUCAUCAGCCCCAGCACCCUGCCAGAGCUGCCCAGCCCCACGGUGAAGAAGCUGGCCAAGCGGGUGGAGAUGGCCAUCCGCCGCUACUACACCUUCAACACCUACCCUGGAUGCACCGAUGCCGCCUCACCCAACUUCAACUUCCACGCCAAUGCUGACGAUGGCUCCUGUGUGGGGACCAUGACCAACUUCACCUUCGGGGGAGUCUUCCAGGAGUGCACUGGGCUGGCCGGCCCCGACACCAAUGAACUGUGCCGGGCGCUGGAGCAGAAAAACCCCCUCACCGGGGCUUUCUCCUGUCCCGCCUCCUACAGCCCCGUGCUGCUGGGCAUGCAGGAGCGGGAGGAAGGCCACAGCCACCUGGAAUGCCACAACAAGUGCACCCUGGGCAUCUUCUGCCACCGAGUCUGCAGGGACGUCUUCUGGCUCUCCCGGGUGCAGUUCAGAGCUUAUUGGUGUGUCGCAAGUGGCCCAGUGCCCCCAGACUCGGGCUACCUCUUUGGGGGGCUGUUCAGCAGCCGCAGCGUCAACCCCCUCACGGGUGCCCAGUCCUGCCCCUCGCGAUACUUCUUGCUGAAGCUCUUCGAUGACCUCAGGUUGUGCGUGAGCCAGGAUUACGAGGCAGGCAGCCGGUACGCGGUGCCGUUUGGGGGCUUCUUCAGCUGUCAGACAGGGAACCCCUUAGGGGGUCAGCACCAGGGUACCACCGAGGACCCUUACGCCAAGCGCUGCCCCACAGGCUUCAGCCAGCACUUGGCACUGAUCAGCGACAGCUGCCAGGUGGAGUACUGCGUCCAGGCUGGCGUCUUCACAGCGGGCUCGCUGCCGCCAGCGCGCCUACCACCCUUCACCCGACCCCCUGCCAACCUGCCAGCCAUCGACACCGUGCUGGUGAGCAAUGGGGAUGGGGAGAGCGCCUGGGUGCGGGAUGGGACGGGCCGUGCGUGGCGGCUGGCACAGCCCAUUGAGAUCCAGCAGGCAGCAGAGAUGGUGAGGGGCCGGGUGCUGACGGGGGGUGAGGUGGCUGGCGUGGCUGCAGCAGUGGUGGUGGGGCUUGUCACCAUGCUGGCAAUGGUCUGCUACGGUCGCUGGAGGUACAAGAGAAAGGGGUACCUGGCUAUGGGUGAAGGGGCCACGCCCGUGGAGAGGCCAGGGGACAGCACUGCAGUGAACAUGGGCGAGGGGCACCAGCAAGAGUCAGCAAGGCUAAUGGAAUAAAUAUUGCUCAGCUGCUUGUGCUAACCUAGGCAAAGCCCCAGGCCCACUCCCUUCCCUGAGGCACAGCUGUGCAGUGCCAGCAGCCCCUGCACCUCACUCCAUUCCCAUGACAGGUUCACCUCUCUGCAGCUCCAGCAACCCAGCAGGGCUCCACCACCCUUCUCCUUUCUCUGGGCCCCCUGAUUGACCUCCAAGGCCAUCGCCUGAGGCCAUCCCACCACCAGGACCCACCACAUCUCUCCACCAGCCCCUGCUCUUUCCCAACUAACCCAACCAGCUUUGCUGCUUGAGAGAUAAACAGUCCCCAUACCCCAUUACAGGCCAUGCCCACUCUCUCCUCCCCAUUCCCAGAAAAGGGGAUCCAGUGCCCUUCAAAAAGCUGCUGAGGUUGUUGGGGUACCCAAGAGAACCUCAAAAGCAAGGGGAAGCCAUGCAAACCCCCCUUCCUGACUCACCGGAUAGACUCAAGUCCAUCGCAGAGAUACGCAGCCUGUAAAAGCAUUGGCUCAGGGACCAACUCCUUGGAGAACACCCUACUCCCCCAUAAGUCCCCCAGCUACUGCACACACCCAGCACCCAUUUCCACCCGCAGGAACAGGAGGGCGACCCGCGCCUCCAUGUAUAUCUAUCAUGAUAGAUAUACACACACAUGCAGAGAGGCACGGAUCACUUUUAUUUCAGCCAGCAAAUAAUUGCAUAGGCAACACAGCAUUAAAAAAAAUAAUAAUAAUAAAAAAGGAAUGUUGUUAAAAA